UUGAGUCUUGGUUCACAUCCUCCCGGGUAUCAAGCUAAGCAAGUUCUGGCACUGAAGAGAAAGUGAUUUAAAAAUUUUUUUAACCCUUAUAAGAUACAGACAUUCUGAUGGUUAUAUUGAUAUCAGCACAGAACAUGAAGAAGUUUCCCUAUACAAUAUGCAACAUGAAAGUGUUUAUGACCAUCUUGAUGUUCACCACUGUGAACGAGAGUAAAAGUAUACCAGACCCUCAUCAGAGAGACCAGCUGCUGCAGCAGGAAGCCUCCCAGCAGGUAGGGGGCAGAGUGGAUCUGACUGCAGCGGAGCAACGACUAGAUUCACUCUUGCAUAAGCUGAAAGAGCAGGAGAUGGUGGCGCCACAUUUUCCCCCUGCUAUGCACUUCUUCAAAGCAAAGCCUUAUAUCCAGAAGAGCCCCAUAUUUAGACUGCUCCAGAAAAUGCCAAAAGGGGCGGUCCUACACAUACACAACUCUGCUCUGGUGGGUGUGGACUGGCUUGUGAUGAAUGUGACGUAUAGGCCCCAUUGCUAUGUGUGCUUCACAUGGUCGGGGUCAGUGCAGUUCUUGUUCUCCACCCAGCGACCCUUCCCACGCUGGGGCUGUUCCGCAUGGAGCCUGCUGGAGCACGUGAGGGCCACUAUCAGUGACGUGUCAGCUUUCGACAAGAGUUUGAUGAAGAACCUCACGCUGUUUACUGAGGAACCAGAUGUGGCAUACCCUACGCAGGAGGUAGUUUGGGAGCGGUUUGAGCAGACUUUCAUGGCCAUCUCCGGUCUGAUCACCUUUGCACCCGUUUUCAAGGAUUACAUCUACCAAGGGCUCCAGCAGCUCUAUGAUGAUAACAUCUUAUACUUGGAGCUGAGGGCUGGUCUAUCCAAGAUAUAUGAGCUUGAUGGCACCAUCCGGGACAGUGAAUGGUCCAUCCAGACCUACAGAAACAUAACUGAACAGUUCAGGCUGGAACAUCCAGACUUUGUGGGUGUUCGGAUAAUUGUAACUGUCCAUAGGAUUCUCAGUUUGUCUCAGGUGGAAAUAGCACUAAAAGAAACCUUAGAGCUGCAGAAACGAUAUCCAGAGAUCAUCACUGGCUUUGACUUGGUGGGCCGAGAGGAUAGUGGUAAACCCAUCUGGUAUUUUCGAGAGGUGCUAUCACUCCCCACAGAGGUUAAAGCAAAACUUUCCUACAUUUUCCAUGCAGGUGAAACUGAUUCAUAUGGCACAGAUGUGGACAGGAAUGUUCUGGAUGCACUGUUAUUCAACACUACUCGCAUUGGGCAUGGUUUUGCUGUGGCUCACCAUCCCCUGGCAAAAGAACUUUCCAGAAAGAGAAGGGUGCCUGUGGAAGUGUGUCCUAUAUCCAACCAGGUCCUAAAACUGGUCUCAGAUCUGCGAAAUCAUCCUGCUGCAAUUUUAAUGUCGGAGGGGCAUCCAUUGGUGGUGAGCUCCGAUGAUCCAACCUUGUUUGGAAAUGCUGGACUCUCGUAUGAUUUCUAUGAGGUCUUUGUUGGAAUUGGAGGCCUGAGUGCCAAUGUGGGCACACUUAAGGAGCUGGCCAUAAAUUCAAUCAGGUAUAGCUCCUUGCCAACAGUCCUGCAGGACAAAGCCAUGAUCAUAUGGCAACAAAAGUGGGACAAAUUUGUAUUGGAGAAUUCACUAUAGGGACAGCAAGCUAUUGAGAAGACUUGAAUGAGAGCUGUUUACCUCUUUUGGCAUUCAGGAAAACUGUGGAUAAAAUGUUUUAAAGGCCUUAACUGAAACCACAGAUAUUAUUUUGUCUGAGAUUUGAGAUUUCAAAACUCUAAGAACAUAUCAUGGCUUUUGGACUAAAUUUCACCAUCAGGGUUUCAAAAGUCUUUGUACACAUGCUGUAUUCUCCAGUUCUGUCCACUGCAAUCCUGAAUGUAGAGUUCAAAGUAACCAUCUGGGACAGUGGCAAUUUCCAGACACCGGCUAGUGUCUCUGUUCUUUAUUGCUUGCAGAAAACACAUUUAUACACUUUCAAAUAUGUAAGCAAUUUUGCCCAGUGGAUUGAAUACAUGUGAAUUUCUAAAUCAGGGCUUAAGAUCAUUUACUUUUUUCACAUUAAGUCCUCACAUUAAGUUCCCUUUGUCACAAUUAUUUAUGGAAUGUUGACUCAAGAGCAACAAUAUUAUGUUUAAAACUUUGCAUGAACAUAUCUUGCUACAGCACCAUAUGCAGUUGUGCCUGAGUAGGAUUCAGAUUUGUAUCAGUCUUCUAGACCUGUGUUGCUUGUCCCAAUUUCUGUGACCCAUGGGAUUGUUGGCCUUCUUGCCCAAAACCCAAAUCCCUGUACAGCUGUAACUGUAACUUGGAACUGUUUGGUGGGUCCAAAUUUGGUGGAGAAACCCUGUUUUACACCAUGUUCUGACUUGAAAGGCCAAUAAUGAAUUAUUCUAGAAAUAUUUCAGAUGGAGUAAUUUGUGACUCUGCUUUAAAAAAAAUGUAUUAAAAAAAAAGAAAAGAAAUACAGGAUCUUACGGGAAUGACACAUUU